UCUCCCUCCACUUCCUGAGGAUCUCUAGAACCCUGCGGACGCAUCAGGACUCCCAAGAGGGCUUCCCCGUGGCUGAAAUGAUCCCCGCCGGAUGACUGGUGUUUCCCGAGCCCUUUUGCCGAACCAUGGAGAUCUGCUUGUUGGGGUUUCUGGUUGGGUGUUUCCACCUGGAGCUCCUAGAGGCCACUGGGAUCUUCCAGCAUCAACGGUCAGCUCCACCCAAGGCCAGGACUCCAAAAGCAAAGGAAUGGAUGCCUUCCUCCCCUUCCCCCUCCCCUUCCCCGCUUUCACCUUCUUCUUCGGCUUCGACUUUCACUUGGGUGCCUACCCCUAACUUGGAUAAAACUGAUCCUGACGGGUCAGAGGCGGCGGCGGCCUUCUUGUACUCUGGAAAGGCGUUGCACCUCUUGCAAGCCAACUGUACCCGGAGGUUUGAGGUGAGGGAUACAGGGAAGGCCUCUGGCCCUCCCCCAGCUUUGCGUUCCUACUUGCGCGGUGCUACCGAGACCCUGGCCCAUGCCACCAAUUUCCUCAACAUGGUCUUCCAGACCAACGACAUACGGGAGUCCAGCGUGAAGGAAGACAUUGAGUGGUACCACGCCUUGGUCCGAAGUGUUAUGGAUGGAGACCCCCAAGUUUACAGAGCUGUGCUGACCUUUGAUGCUCACCCGGUGUCUUCCAAGCCCCAGCUGAUGCUCCAGGCCACCAAGGAAAACAAUGAGAUCUUGCUCCAAGACCUCUCAACCUCUGCAGAAAGCUUGAGGGAUUUGACUUGGGAAAACGAGUGGUACAACUUUUUCCGUUUCCAGAGGUCCCCGUCGCUCUAUAAGAGGAUUCUCACCAACGACCUCAAGACCCUCGACACUCCCAAAUGGAGCCAGGGAGAUAGUUACGUGAUGGAUAUCGGCCAUAUCAAGUGGUCUCCACCUUUCCUGGAAUGUGAAGAUGGGAAAUUCCUGCCCAACUGGAUGGUCACUCUCUCCUCUUCCUUCUACGGCCUCAAGCCUGAUCUAAAUCCAGAAUUCAAGGGAGUUCUGAGGAUGGAUGUUAGAAUCCAGAAGAUUGACAUAAACCAGUGUGCCAGUGGACAGGGAUGGUUUGCAAACACCCACCAGUGUGACCUCAACAGCACACAGUGCAUCCCGCAGGAAAACAAGGGUUUUGUUCUUGGAAAAUACCUUUGUCUGUGCAAACCAGGUUUCUACAGGGCAAGCAGAACUUUCUCGUCAUCUAACAACGGAGAAAGUGCUUCCCGGUAUGGAGUGACGGAUUCCGAGAGCCUGCUGGAAUGCCUCCCGUGCCACGAAGGAUGCCCCACCUGCACAGAUGGCACGCCUUGCCUGAUCCAGGAAGACUGGUCCUUGCGAGCUGCCGUCUUGGCAUUCCAGGCCUUCUGCAUGCUGGCUGUUUUCUUCAGCAUGCUGGUCUCCUACCACUUCCGGAAGAGCAAGAGGAUUCGAGCUUCAGGAGUCAUUCUUCUGGAGAUGAUACUCUUCGGCUCACUCCUGCUCUACUUUCCCGUGUUCAUCCUCUACUUCAAGCCGAGCAUCUUCCGCUGCAUUGUUCUGCGCUGGGUGCGCAUGCUGGGUUUUGCCAUUGUCUAUGGAACCAUCACCCUCAAACUGUACAGGGUCUUGAAGGUCUUUCUCUCCCGUACGGCCCAGCGAGUUCCUUACAUGUCCAGCAACCGGGUGCUGAAGAUGCUGGCCUUGAUUCUGCUCUUGGUGCUUUGGUUCUUAGCAGCCUGGACUGUCGGGAUGCUGGAGAACAUAGAAAAGAACAUCCCGCUGGUGGUCCGCUCCCAGACCAACAGGGGGCUCCAGUUUUACAUCUGUGACCACGAUCGCUGGGACUACAUGAUGGUUGUGGCCGAGAUGCUGUUCCUGUUCUGGGGGAGUUUUCUCUGCUAUGCCACUCGGACGGUCCCUUCUGCUUUCCACGAGCCUCGCUACAUGGGCAUAGCCCUCCACAACGAGCUGAUAACUUCUGCUGCCUUUCAUGUCGUCAGGUUUUUCAUGGUUCCUUCCUUGCACCCCGACUGGACACUUCUGCUGUUUUUUAUUCAUACACAUGUCACCACCACCAUGACGCUUGCACUUCUUUUCAUCCCAAAGUUCCUGCAUGCAGGAUCGCCCUUGCGGGAGGAAAUUGCUGCCGAGGUGUACGAGGAUGAGCUGGACCUGAGGCGAUCGGGCUCCUACCUGAACAGCAGCAUCGCGUCAGCCUGGAGCGAGCACAGCCUCGACCCCGAUGACAUUCGGGAUGAACUGAAAAAGCUUUACACGCAACUUGAGGUUCACAAGACCAAGAAGAUGACGGCCAACAACCCUCAUCUUCAGAAGAAGAGAAGCUCCAAGCGGGGCCUGGGCCGCUCCCUCAUGAGGCGCAUCACCGAGAUCCCCGAGUCGAUGUCCCGGCAGCACAGCAAAGAGGAGAAAGACGGGUCUGUGGGGGGAGGGAGCCGCUCCGGGUCCUACAAGCGCAGGCCCUUGGAUUCCGGCAGCUCGAGCAUGAAACUGAAAGAGGACUCCUCUUCGAGACACAAGGCGGCCUCCUCGCUGAAGAAGUCCCACAGCACUUACGAGCACGUGAGGGAUGCCAAGGAGAACAGCGUACCAGCCAGGCACGACAGUUGCAAAGAAGCUCCUUUGCUAGACUCGCUGAUGAGGAAAAAGCUAGCCAAGAAAGCCUCGGAGAGGUCCAACAGCGACUCUCUCGACGACUCGGCCCCUCUGGUCUACAAGUCGGCCAGCGCUCACAACCUGACGGCAGAUAAGAAGCCUCUGCAUCCCAGGCCUUCCCCUUUGCAGAAAUCCCUCAGUGUUGUCACCAGCACCAAAGAGAAAGCCUUGCUCCUCACCAGCAGGGCCUACUUGGAAGACAGCAGUAAGCUAGCCCAAGACAAAGGGAGCAGAACAGCUGUGGAAAGUGACUCUGCAAUGGAAAGUGACGUCUCCGGGCACACAGAGGUUACUGACGUGGCCUCAGAGGUGGCAGUGAAACAGCUCCAGAGGGACGAUACCUCAGAGGGAACUGUGAGCUCCCUCCUGGAAGACGGCAGCUCCAGCAGAGAAGCUGCGACGGCCCCCUCGACGCCCGUGGAAAGCAGAUCCCAGAAGCAUGUCACGUACGCAUCCAUCAGGAGCAUCAGCGUCAACACCUCCGAUGUGCUUGGGAAGAGGCACCCGAUUAGCAAGAAGACACCACCCGAACCACCUGUCAGGCAGCAAAGUUUGGCCCACAGCCUCAGAAGAAAAGAUUCUGCUCCUCAGGAUGGCCUGGACCAAAUGCAACCUUCCUCCAAGCCCUGCCCAGGUGAUCUCAAAGAUGGACCCAUGCUGGCAAACAUAUGUCCAUGGGAAACAGAGGAGCCUCUGGCAAAGGCUGAGACAGAAAGGACUAGGCAGUCCGAAGGUUCCGUGCCACUUUCUUCCCCGGUGGCGCUAAACAGGCUGGCCUCCAUGGCUGCAGAAGUCUGCCCUUGGGAAGUCAUGGAAGUGCCCGUCCCGAGCAAAAAGGACCCUGAUACAAGCGAGUCAGACAGCCAGAAGAGUUCUCCUGAGAAACAGCCCCAAACAUCCAUUUCCAAAAGCUCCAUGAAAGGCUUAGGCAUGGCCAUCAAAGCGUUCAACCGGUCGAGGAUAAAGACAAGCAUAAGGGCAAGAAAGGAUGCCGAAGAAAGCCAGAAGAAAAACGAGAAGGAUGCCAACGGAAAGAGCGAGAAGCCCAAGUUGGCAGAGACAGCCUCAGUGUCUGCCGGAGGAGGAUCACCAAGGCAACAGGUGAUUGCAGAGACCAGGGCAAAGGUAGUCAGCAAGCAAGCAACCAUCUGUCCUUGGGACGAGAAAGAGGAGGAGGAAGAGGCCCUUCCGAGCACUAAGAAUAAUCCAAGCAAAGCGCUGGAGGUCUGUCCUUGGGAGGUCAGCACAGAAGCAAUAGGUUCCCAAGGUGCUGGAGAGACGCACCCUAGCAGGCUGGAAAGAAGCAAGAGCCAAAGGGAAUCUGUGUGCCCCUGGGAGAGUGUGGAGGAGGAUCAAAAGCGAGAGGGCAAAACUGCUACCACUCCCUCUCUAGUGGUUUCGAAGGCAGACAGCAAAAAGGCAGAGGCAUGUCCUUGGGAAGUGGCUGAGCUCCCAGCCAGCACGAAAACUGACCAACCGUCCUGGGGAACCAGCAGUGCCUUGACAGAGGACAAGGCAGUAAUAGAGGGCAGAGGGAAGCCUUCUGAUGGGCCCAAGAAAGGAGUAUCUUCAAGAGAGGCUCUUCCAAGUGAAACCCAAGAGAAAGCGAGUGGCCAGGCUGAUUCCAGAGAUAUCAAGGAGCCCUCUCCGGGAACAGAGAUUGAGAAGAGUCCGGACCUGUCCAAGGGAGACCGAAGGAAACCUGGGAGCACUGAGAGCAGGAGGGAAUCUGAGGAGGUCGGCAUGAGUGUUAAAACACAGAUCUGCCCUUGGGAAAUUGACGAACUUCCAUCAAAGAUAAAGACAUCUCAGGAGGACAACGAAGGAUCCUCCAAAGAGAUAAAGAGCACCACCCUGCUAAGACCAGCAGCAGGGAAAGAAGCCAGCUGCCAAGAAGACUCUGUUUGCCCCUGGGAGUCCAUGGAAUUGCCAGGGGGGAAAGAUGCUCAACACGGAGCAACUCUGAGGAAAUCUGACAGUGGAUCAAGCAUCAAAGCGGCAAUAUGCCCUUGGGAGACGAGCGAUGCAGCAUCAGGAGAAGGCUCCAAAGGGGCUGAAGGCAAAAAAAUCAAAAGUCCGUUGUCCAAAAACAGGAAACUGGUGAGAGACAGCAGCCCUCAAGGCGCUGUUCGCCCUUGGGAGGAUGCAGGUGCUGAAGGCUCUUCUACAAAACCUGCCACCCAAACACAAGAACCGCCCAAAGCAGCUUUGAAGACAUCAAGCAGUGGGGAGGGUAAAAAACCGGAGGUCUGCCCUUGGGAAACUGAGGCUGCCGCAGUGUGUCCCUGGGAAGCAGCUGCACCUUCAUUAGAAAAAGGACUGAACUGGGCUGAAGGAGAACCUUCCAAGGGCAUUAUAUUGCAAGCACCACAUCCCUUUAAAACACCAGAGGACAACAUACAGCGCGGCUCUGUCUGUCCCUGGGAGGACGUGGAAUUGGAGGAUACUUUGCUAAAGCCCUGUGCAAAAGCUUUAGACCCAAGUAACGUCAGCUCAAAGAAGCCUGACAGCUUCCGGAGCAAAAAGGCAGAGAUUGCUCCCUGGGAAGCACAAGAGGCAGAAGCAGGUAUGAGAACAGCAAGCACAGUCUCCAAAGAGGAGAAAACAGGACCUAGAGAUGCAGCACCAGAGAAGGGAAGCAGCGGGAAUAGAGAGCCAGUCUGCCCGUGGGAGAGCACAGGUAGGGAAGAUUCACUUAUGCAACCUAAGCUCAAGAGCCUGGAUCUGUCCAAAGGCAGCUCGAAAUUGGACCGCAUGGAAAGCCAAAAGGCAGACAUUUGUCCGUGGGAAACUGCAAGCGCUGACAUUGGUGCUAAAGCAGAAAUCUGCCCCUGGGAAGUGCCUCCAGCUCAAUCAGAAAGAAGGUCCUCAAAGCAAGAUGCCAAUGGGGCAGCAAAGAAGGUUGGGGACGCCACGUCUAAACCUCUGGAGAAGGCAAGCAGUCCACGAGAAUCUGUCUGUCCUUGGGAGACCGUGGACACCGAUGACCAGUCAACCAGGCCCAGUGCUAAGAGUCUGGGCCCAUCUAAAGCCGGCUCUAAAAAAUCCAUUAGCAUUGAAAGCCUUAAGAUGGAGGUGUGUCCCUGGGAAAGUCAGGAAGCAGAACCCAGACCUAAGGCAGAUGUGUACCCAUGGGAGAUGCCUUCAAGUCCGGUAGGCAAGAGGCCAUCGCCAGAGGGUGCCGGGGCUCGUGAGAGCCAGAGGGCUGCCCCACUGAACCAAGUAGGUGCUUCUAAAACAACAGAGAAGGUGAGCAGCGCUCGAGAGCCUGCCUGCCCCUGGGACAGCGCAGAAGCACCCGGUGAACAAUCUGCUCAACCUGAAGGGUCCAAAAUCCCUUCCAAGAAAUCAGACAGCGUUGAGAGCUUAAAGGCAGAGAUCUGUCCUUGGGAAGUAGCUGAAGGAAGUGCGGUGAGGAAGGAGGAGGAGGGUGGGGUCGCCAUAGGGAAAGACGGCAGCAGGAGCCCCUCCCCACGGGUUUUAUGGAAGCCAAUGGAGGAGUUAAGUAGCUCGCGAGAGGACAUCUGUCCAUGGGAGAGCAUGGAGCUUGAUGAACCUUCAGGAAGGUCCGGAGGCCAAAGCCCAGCCCUAUCCAAAGCUGGAUCAAGGAAAUCAGACAGCGCUGAAAGUCUACGGGUGGAGGUUUGUCCAUGGGAGACGGAGGAAGAGGAAGCAAGCAGUAUGGUGGACAUUUGCCCAUGGUCUGUAGCCACUGCCCCAUUUGAAAAAGGGAAGGGAAGGGGGAGGCCACUUGAGACUUCCCAGGGGAAGAAAGGCAAGGCACAAAGAAGUCCAGACUCAAAGAAAGCUGGAGGAGAAACAUUUAAGAAGAUAGAGAAGUCAAUAAGCCAGCAGGAGUAUGGUGCCACCCGGGAGAGUAUGGACUUCGAGAAACCACCUGCCAAAGGCACCCGAAGUCUAGAUCUGUUGCAGGUCAGGACAGAAGUAACCAGCCCUCGAGAAUCCAUCUGUCCUUGGGAGAGCGUGGAACUGUCCAGCAGCAGAAGUCCAGACCUGUCCCGAGCUAGCUCAAAGAAAUCAAGCAGCGCCGAAAGCUUGAGGGCAGAGGUGUGCCCUUGGGAAGUUGAGGACGAGGAAUCUAGUGGCAAGACUGAGGUGUUCCCCGUGAAAACGCCGCCAGCGCCUAUCGCCGGAGGGGCAUCAAUGCAAGAUGCAAAGGGAGACUCAAAGGCCAAAGCACCAACCGCUCCAGGUUUGAAGACAGCCGGGGGAGAAAUUGCCUCUAAGAAGAUAGAGAAGACUCAUAGCCAUCAAGGGUUUUCUUACCCCCAGAAAACUGGCGACGAAUUCUCAGUAAAAGGGAGUAAAAGCCUAGAUCUGUCCAAGCUUGGCUCCAUGAAAUCAGAGAGUGUGGAAAGUCUAAAAGCUGAGGUUUGCCCAUGGGAGACCCAGGAAUUCGGAACUCCUGCCCACGUUGAAGUGUGCCCAUGGGACCUGGCUGGGGCGCUGCUUGAGAAAGGGACAUUGAGUAAGGAUGUGGGUGCCGUUUCAAAGGAGGGUUUGGCAGCAGGUUCAAAAGGACCCGAAAAAUCACCAAAACCUCUGCAGAAAGGGACAAGCUUUCGAGAAAACAUCUGUCCAUGGGAGAGCACGGACGCUGCGGAAGUCUCGAUCGCAAGUGCUCCUGCCACCGCUGCCUCCAAGAAGCCCGGCAGCACUGAAAGCAGGAAGACAGAGUUUUGCCCUUGGGAAACAGAGCAGCCGGAAGCAUCCGCUAAAGAAGACGUUUGUCCGUGGGAAGCAGGAACGCUGUUGCCUACUAAGAAUGAAAGACACACGACACACACCGGUGAGACGGAGAAGGCAACGGGCAGCGUGAAGAGCUCCCAGAGCAAAGAGGCUGGCCUGGCUGGACACAAGCCUUUGUGUCGCAGUCUUCCGCCCCAAGGUCUAAGCAAAGGCAGCAGGCCACUUGUGGAUACACCAGCGAGAAGCCAAGGUGACCGCCAUGUGGCUGACGUCUGCCCUUGGGAAGCGGAGAGGGACUUCGUAUUGACCGGGGGAGACACUGCUGAAAUCAGCAAAAGUUUCUCUGAGGUGUGUCCCUGGGAUGAUCCCAGCCCUGCUGCUGCUGCUGCCACUUCAGUGAAAAGCAAAGCAGGGGAGAAGCCUCGGGCGGACGAGGCGGAGGGUCCCCCCAGCAAAGCCAAAUCAGACAUCUGUCCUUGGGACUGUGACUGAACUGGACGCAGCCGAGGACUUGCUUAGAGAGAAAAAUCUUCUUGAGAAAGGACUGCCCGUGCAGCGUGCAAAAUGGCUCAAGUCAGCCGGCUGCCUGGAUUUAAAAACAAAAGACUUCUACCAGCUGUGGCGAUGCUGCUGGCCACAUUUGAUAAGGGAAAUGCACUAUGCUUGGGCAUUACCAGGCUGGCGGACUGCUGUUCGUUAGAGAAAAGUUGUACCUUCCUGCCUUCAUUUGCAGAAAACCCAAGCUAGCUGCUAAAGUCUGCACGUUCCGUUCUGUGUGUGUAGCGUGUAGAACCCGGCCUUGCCUUGAUGUCCCCCCGGGUGUUUCCAGACCAUCCACUCCUGAUGUCUGCAAACAAUAACACCUGGAUAACAUGCUCACAUUAAAACAAGUAAAUUAAUAAGAGGGGCUUUGAGCAAGCUUGAACAACAUCAAAUCACAAGGGAACUGGGAACUAUUCGACAGAGAGACUUGCAUAAAUUACACAGCUUUCUUCCCUGGGUUUUCUUUUACAACUUUGAUCUGAACUAGGUGGUUUAACGGGUUGGGAGCAAGAACAAAUGUAGUUCAUUGUGGUUGAUGAAGGACUGGGUAAUGAAUCCCGAAAAUGUUACUUAUUGUAAUACCUUCUGUAUUCCCUUUGCAAGGGAAAGGGGAUAAUUAUGCUCAGGAUAAUCUUCCCGUUUUUAUUCCAAACCUCUUACCCGCUCUUCUCUAUUUAUCGCAGUAGUGGAGAACCUUUGGCCCUUCAGGUUGCUGUUAGACUACAACUCCCAUCAUCCCUGAUCAUUAGCCAUGCUGGUUGGGGCUGAUGGGAGUUGUAGCCCAGUGACACCUGGAGGGCCACAGGUUCCCGACUGCUCAUUUAUCAGAAUUGGGGCCAGCCCUAUCAUUGGGUAAAAUAAGGCAGCUGCCUCACGUUGGGCAUCAUGAAAGCGCAACAAAAAGUUCAUUCUUUGCUAUUAUUGCAUUUGCCACAAAGAGAGAAGAGGCGCUCAUGGUGUUUUCUGUCUCAGGUGCCAAAAUAACUUGGCUGAUCUUGGGUACUAUACUAUGCACCUUGAUUUGGGGUGGGGUCCAACAUUUGCUGCUCCAGCUCAGGCAGCAAAGCUUCUCAAUUUGGAUGUGGUCCCAGACCUGCAUAAGGUUAACGUUUAGUUUUUUAAUGCCUCCAAAGGUAUCUGAAUGUUAACUUUUGGUUACCAGUUGCUCCACAAGUCCUUUGUCCCACGCCCAGAUGUUUUCACAUAUCUUUUGGGAGGAUGUGUCAUGAGCAGUUUUAAUAAUUGACUGACACAAAGGAAGCCUUAAUGUUUGCCAGAAGUGGUGAAUCUCAGAAUUUUCCCAGGGAUUAAGCCUGGGACUUUCCAGCCCUGCUGGAUUGGACAAAAAGCCCAUCUACCAGUGCAGCAACCUAUUGUCAGUGGCCAACCAGGUGCCUAUCUACUGGAAGCCUGGAAACAUGCUGCCUUUUCCUGCUCUGGGCCAGGCAAGUCUUUCUGUUUGCCAGCAUGAACCAAGUGUGGACAGUGAAGCACAUGCAAGACUUCCCUGCAGCUGCCUAUUGCAGAGGAGUGGCAGCUAAGCUGUAACUCCUACAAAGUUCGUUCAUCAUUACUUGGCUACCGAAGGGAGGGGGCUAACCCUUUCUGCCUGCCUCUGCUGACCCUUAGUGUUUGAAUAACAAAAAUCUUUUGCCCCUUCUUCUUAAAUUGUGUGCCAGACUUUGACCUAUUUAUUUCCCUCCCAUGAAACUCAGGAAGUAGCUUUAGGUUCAAUACUAGGAUGAGCUAAUCAGCACUAUGGCAGUCAGUAGGCUUUCACCUUGUCCUUUGGGGCAUGCAUGGUGGCAUGGACAAAAAUUACCCAAUCCAAGAGUCAUUGCAGGAG